AGGCAGCACAGCACCCAUCCCUCCGACUGGAGCCCAGGGCACACCCGGCAGCACCCACGUAGAUGAAAGCAAAGCCAGGCUCCAGCACCUCAGCCAUGUCCACGUCCCUCCGUGUGAGCCCCUCGGUGCACGGCUACCGCUUCGACACCGCCCUGCGCAAGAAAGCCGCGGCCAACAUCUUCGAGAGCAUCACCCAGGAGUCCCUGCAGAAGCUCUUCAGAAACUCCGGGGACAAGAAGGCGGAGGAAAGAGCCAAGAUAAUCCUCGCCACCGACCAGGACGUGGAGGAGAAAACGAGAGCGCUGAUGGCGCUGAAGCAGAGGAGGAAAGACAAACUGCUCCAGUUCCUGACGCUUCGGAAAUUCUUCAUCAAAGUUCACUGAGCUGGCGGAGGGAGCAGAAAUGGAGGAGAACGUUUGGGGACGGGACUGUCUGUGACCUCCUGCCACACUCAGCAUGCUCCACUGCCCCGUGGAAGUGGGGACCUGACUGACUGCCCGCAGGGCUUCAGCCCCACAGAAAACUGCGCAGCGAGGGUGGCGUCGGUGCCCAGGGUGCCAUCAGUGCCCAGGGCAGCAUCGGUGCCCACAGCAGCAUCAGCGCCCAGGGCAGCGUUGGUGUGGACAGCAGCAUUGGUGCCCGUGGUACCAUCAGUGCCCAGGGCAGCAUCGGUGUGGACAGCAGCACUGGUGCCCACGGCAGCGUCGGUGCCCGUGGCAGCGUUGAUGUGGAUGGCAGCGUGGUGGCCAGAG